AUGGAGGGUUCAACGAGAGGUGGUGGUGGUGGUGGUGGAAGGGCGGGGACGGAGGCGCUGCCUCUGCCUCCGCCGCCGCGCCUCGCGGCGGUGUCGUCGCCGUCGCCGGCGGCGUCCAUCAGGGCUCACCUCGCCAGAGCCGCAGGUGCGGGUGGCGGGCUUGAGAGCUGCCAGUCGCCGCGGUCGCUGCUGUCGCGUCUCCUGCAGCGAGGGGAUGGCGGGAGUGGAGGGAAGUUUGGGUGCCGGGUGCGGCUCCCGCGGCGGUACAGCUCCACCUCCGCCGCCGGAGGCGGCAGGGACGACGCGAAGGACAGUGCCUCCGAGCAGGACGUCCCUGCCAGGGUGAAGGUGGUCGGGAGGGCGCCGGAGCUCUCGCUCGAGACGCCGCGGAGUUCUUGCACGCUCGACGAGGGGAGAAAUGGGAAGAAGAAGCCGGAGGAGGAGAUCAUGUCGAUGAACCUUGGACUCGGCGCGAGCUUGGUGCUGCUCCUGUCCAAGGGCGCGGUCGAGCUGAACAAGAUGGUGGAGCUCCGAGUGCAGAUGGAGGCGCUCGUGUCGGAGAUCAGGAAGGAGACGCAGAGCAAGAAGCAGGACUCUGCCUCGGCCGCCGCCGCCGCCGCCGUAGCCGCCGGUUCCAGUUCGCAAGAAUCCGACGGCCGCAGCAUCACCGCCGUGAAGGACCCCAUCGCCCGUGCGGCCGUCUCCGAUGACGCAAUGUCCAACUGCUCCGGCGGAGGCGGAGGCGGUGGACGCGCCGCCGUCGUGAUGCACCGGAUGGAGGCUGAGCUCCAGGUCGAGCUGAACCGCUUGCAGUGCGCUGCCGGGCACGGCGAGAAUCGUGCCGCUCCCAUGCACGGACUCGAGUUGCCGUUGCUGCAGGUGAAGACGACGAAGAGCAACGUGUCGGACAGCCCGCCGAGGAGCUGCGUCGCCGACGAGGACGAGGACGACGACGUGGCAGAAGGCGGGAACGCCGGAGAGGCGGUCGAGGAAGACGACGAGGAGGAGGAAGAGUACGACGAGGAGGAGGAGGAGGAGUACGACGCCGGUGGCGGCGGGGACAAGAGCCCGCCGCACGGCGGCGUGUCGGCGCGGGCGCUGGAGCGGCGGCUGUACGAGCUGCUGCAGAAGCGGCAGCAGGAGCGCAUCGUGGAGCUGGAGGCCGCGCUGGACAGCACCCAGCGCCGCCUCCACGAGAAGGAGCGCGAGGUCGUCUGGUGGCGCGACGCCGCCAAGCUCGUCACCCACCGCCGCGACGAGUCCUCCCGCCGCUUCGCCAGAUCGUAG